AUGAGUGGCUAUGAGACUGCGCGGCGCAUCCGCGAGUUGUACCCCUCCAGCCUGCUGCCCAUCAUCAUGGUGUCAGCCAAGGCGGAGGAGGAGGACAUCGUGGAGGGCCUCAAGUGCGGCGCGGACGACUACGUGUCAAAGCCAUUCAAGCGCGCUGAGCUGGCGGCGCGGAUCCGCGCCCACAUCCGCGCGCGCGACGCGUUUGCGGAGCAGCAGGCGCGCGCGCGGCUCGGGAGCGCCCGGUGGCUGGCGCCGCCUGCGGGCCUGUGGGCGAUCCUGCAUCGCAUGCAAGCCGCCGACCAGCAGUGGCUGCUGCAGCACAACCUGCUGCCCCGCAACGUGCAGCGCAAGCUGCGCAACGGCGAGACCGUGGUGGCGGAGCACCACGGGGCCGUCACGGUGCUGUGGGCAGAGGUGGUGGGCCUGCCGCGGCUGGCUGCAGAGGUGCCCCCCCUUGAGCUGGUGGUCAUGCUCAACAGCCUAUAUACAAGCUGGGACGAGCUGUGUGAGGAGGAGGGGGCCCUGGGGGUGGACUUCAGCGGCAGCACCUACGUGGCGGUGUCGGGCCAUGAUGACAACCCGCAGCACAUGGAGCUCAUUCUCAGGUAUGUCCCUCCCUCUGUGGAGUAA